AUGGCGCCCGCGACUCACCUUACUCUCAACACUGGCGCUUCCAUCCCCGCAGUUGGCCUUGGGACGUGGCAGGCAAAGCCCGGCGAGGUUGGCAGGGCUGUUGAGCACGCUUUGAAGAGCGGCUACAGGCACAUUGACUGCGCGCUCAUCUAUCGCAAUGAGAAGGAGGUUGGAGACGCCAUCAAGGCGUCCGGAGUGCCUAGGAGCGAAAUCUUCAUCACCAGCAAGCUUUGGAACACACAUCAGCCCGAUGUCGCAGCCGGUUUGGCCCAGACCCUGAAGGAUCUUCAGACAGACUACCUGGAUCUGUAUCUCAUUCACUGGCCCGUACGCCUGGUCCCCAACGAGACGUCUGACCUGCUCCCCACCAACCCCGAUGGCACGCGCUCCAUCGACUUCUCAUGGAACCAGCAGGACACCUGGAGGCAGAUGGAGGAGGUGUACCGCGCUGGCAAGGUCAAGGCGAUUGGCGUGUCGAACUGGAGCGUGCCGUACCUGGAGCACCUGCAGAAGAUGUGGACCGUCGUUCCGGCCGUGAACCAGGUCGAACUGCAUCCGUACAACCCCCAGCACAAGCUCAAGGAGUGGUGCGACCAGCACGGCAUUGUCCUCGAGGCAUACUGCCCUCUCGGAUCAACAGGCGCGCCAUUGCUCGAAGAUGAAGACAUCGCGGCCGUGGCCAAGAAGAACGGCGUGUCGCCCGCCACCGUGCUCAUCUCCUACCAGGUCAAUCGCGGCGUCAUAGUGCUGCCCAAGUCCGUGACCGCGGCCCGCAUCGAGCAGAACCUCAAAGUGGUCGCGCUGCCCAAGGAGGACAUGGACCUGCUCAACUCCAUGGCGGCAAACGGGAAGCAGAAGCGAGUCAACACCCCCGCAUGGAGAAGUGACUUGGGCUUUGAAGAUUGGUUUGGGCCGGUAGAGGCGCAGAAGAGAAACUAG